AUGUCCGAACAAUUCAAGAAGAAGCUCAUCAUCAGAGCCUCUGGUCUCGCAAAGCCCCUUGAAGAUAUCGGCACCAAGCAGCAGAAGAUCGCCUGGAAAGUCAUUCCGUUCGCAACCAACACCAACAAGAAGGCUCAAGCUGAAUACGUGAACCAGCUCGUCUUUAUUGGUCCCCAGGUCGAUGACGACAACUUGAUCAGCCCAUCAACUUUCGGGAAUGUCAACGUCGGCGGUGCAGUAGACUUUACUUUGGACGCGGACAAGAACCUCUUGAUUAGUGACUCCGAUAAAAACAAGAAGCCCGGCUUUAUUGUUGCCACGAAUAGCACAGGAAAGGUCCAAGAUGUUGCCAUCGGUCUCCAACCUAACCUGAAGAAAGAUCCCGAAGCAAUCUUGUACUUCCCCAAAGUCGUAAUACUUCGAUGGUUGUUGCCAAGUACCAUCCUAUCCUUCGCCUACAUGACUUCAGACUACCAGGAGACUGAAGUCAUCUCGGAAUGA